CCUGGAGUUCCUUCCGAGAGGUUAAUAAGAGAGACGCAGGAUACGAGACUGGUGGAGGAUUAACACUGCUGCUCCAGCCAAAAAAGACAGACAGACUCUUGUGGAAAUUAGAGAUACUGGCUGCUGAGGUUCACGAAACAUGGAUACGCUUAGUCGAGACUCAUCUGGUGGCCCUUCCAACAUUCCAGAGUUGCGCUUAAUCCUGGUUGGCAACAUUGGCUGUGGGAAGACCCUGACAGCUGACACGCUGCUGAAUGACAGCUCGAGCAUCAGCACCGUUAUACCAUCACGGCUGAGUGAGGUUCGGCGUGGAGUGUCAGAGGGACGGCACCUCAGAGUGGUCGAGACGCCACGCUGGUACUGGAAAGGCAAGCACGUUGACGUUAGCGUGCAGAGAGAGACAGAGAGGGCUCUCAGCCUGGUGGCACCAGGGCCACACGCCUUCCUCAUCCUGGUACCCGUUGGACAGGUCACUGAGAUGGAUAACCAAAUUCCCGCUGAGCUGGAGCGUGUGUUUGGCAGGGGCGCACUGGAACACUCCCUGGUGCUGCUCACAUGUGGAGAUUACCUGAUAGGCCGAGACCACGAACGGUACAUGAGGCAGGAUGAGCCUAGACUCGGUCAAAUGGUGAAUGAGUGCGGAGGACGCUUGCAUGUGAUCAAUAACCGCAGACCAGAGGACAGACAGCAGGUCAGAUCAUUGCUGGAGAAGGUGGAGCAGCUGACCGAGAGCACCGGCGGCUGUUACCUGCCGACACCCAUGCAGAGAGAAGUCGAGGACCAACUGUAUGAGAAGGAGCGUGAGCUCCAGAGGAGGUACAGCCUGCGGGAGGAGGAGCUGGUGCAAUCAGAUCACAGCACGCUGACCCAGACAAUAUGGAGCGAUGAUGAGACAUUGGAGGAGUCACGGAGGAGAGGCAAAAUCAGAGUUAGGAGUAUGGGACCGACGACAGGGAGGGUGGUAUCGGAGCGGCUGGCCAAUGGGCUUCACUCUCAGUCGCCGUAUGAAGCCCCGCCUUUGGGACUCAGUCAGAAGCAAUCCAGUUUCAAACUGAGUAAAGAGGGCGCCAUUCUCAGUCAGCUAUCCGAGAAAGAACAACCAGUCAGAAACCAGAACAGCCACAACUUCAUUAACAGCAUCCAUUACCACAUCAGCACCAUGGGUGACACCAGCUCUGCUCCAUCUUCCAGCCCACCACGAAUGGAUGCCAUUACCUCCUACUCUCCCUCCUCUGCGACCUUCUCCUCAUUGUCUUCAACUGCCUUUUCCACUUCCUCCCCCUCUUCUAAUGCCUUGUCCUCUUACUCCUCCACUGCCAUCUCCUCUUCCCCUACCAAGGCUUCCUUCUCUUCAUCUUCUGACGCCAUCUCCUCUUCCAAUGUUUUCUCCUCUUCCUCUCCCAGCACCAAAGCCUCCUUCAGGUCCUCCUCCACUGCCAUCUCCUCUUCCCCUACCAAAGCUUCCUUCUCUUCCUCCUUUGACACCUUCUCGUCUUCCAAUGUUUUCCCCUCUUCUUCUCCCAGCACCAAAGCCUCCUUCUCUUCCUCUCCCAGCACCACUGCCUCCUCCUCUUCCUCUCCCAGCACCAAUGACUCCUCCUUUUCUUCUCCCAGCACCAAAGCCUCCUACUUGUCCUCCUCCACUGCCUUCUCCUCUUCUUCUCCCAGCACCAAUGCCUCCUUCUCAUCCUCCUCCACUGCUUUAUCCUCUCGCCCCACCACUGCCUCAUAUUCUUCCUUCUCCAGUGGUUCCUCAGACGAACUGAAGCUGGUCCUGCUGGGCCGGACUGGGUCUGGGAAGAGUGCAGCUGGAAACGUCAUUCUGGGCCGAGAUGAGUUUAAGCUGCGUGGAGAUGAUGCCACUGGUGCCACCACACAGUCAUGUGUGAAAGGAACAGCUGUGAUUGGACAGAAACAAGUGACAGUGGUUGACACUCCAGACUGGUUCUGGCCAGGCUGUCCCCCAGAGAACCUGGCAACACAUCUCUCCUCCUGUAUGGAUCUGUGUGCCCCAGGCCCUCAUGCCUUUCUACUGUGUGUUCCUGUAACCCUGCCUGGCCGCUCACACUUGCAUGACCUGGGUUCUAUAAGGAAUUCAUUUGGCCCCAAUGCCAUCCUGCGUCAUACCCUGGUCCUCUUUACACACUCGGAUUUGCUGAAAGACGGAAAUGUGGAGGAAUACAUCGCAGCCAAGCGGCCUGAGUUGCUAGAGUUGGUGGAGAAGUGUGGUGACCACUACCAUGUGCUGAAGCAAGGAAGGAAUGAAGGGAAUAUAGAGGAACUGCUGGAGAAGGUGGAGCAGGUGGUGAAGGAGAACAGCGGAAGUCAUUACAGCUACCAGGGACAGGAGGAGUUUGGCAGAGAAAGGACGACGCAGUUGCGGAGAGGCCGAGGAGUAGAGGACGAUGUGGAUCGAGCCCUCUCAUCUACUCUGCAUUCUCUGAGAGAGGAAGAGGAAGUUGAGCAAGAAGAGAAAAAUGCAAAACCGGUGGAAUCCGCGGCCUCGUCGGUCACCUCUGUGCUCGGCUCUGUCCUUCGAUUUGUUGGGCAGAAGGUGGGCGAAGGUGCCAAGCAAGUGCCUAAGCUGGUGGCUGGAGGAGCAGUGCUCGGAGGCGUGCUUGGGCUGUACGUUGGAGGACCUGUAGGGGGUGCUGUUGGGGCUACAGCAGGAUCUGUAGCCGCAGAGUACGGAAGACGAAAAUACAACAAACCCAAAACAGACUGAUGGAUAAUAAUGGACAAAUUACUAAUGCAAUAAUGCUCAUAGUCUCUACAAUCUAUAAUUUAAUGCUAAAGCUGUUCUUGAUUAAUAUUAGCAAUAAAACAGCUAUAUACUCCAAGAUUAUAACAGCUUCUUUUUGUACUACACAUAGACUUUAGUCAUUUUAGCCGUUUGUUCGACUGAGUGUUUCACUGACAAAGUGAAAGCACCAGAUGGACUAUUUGCAAUGAUACACAGUGAAAAAGCAAGCAUAAAGGAGUUGAACAGUAAAAACAUGUCAUUCUGAAUCUCAGUACUUAGUUGUACCAUGUCAGAAAGGAUAUUUCUUACCAAAAUUCUGCUAUUAAUUGAAGGCUUUUUAUCUCAGCUGAACAGUUUGUGAUUCACCACUAAUGUAAAGUUGGUCUGCUAUCUUAUAAUUCUGGUCUUUAAAUACAUUUUUGGCUGGAAUGAUGCCUGUAGCCACACCUGUAGCCGUUUAAAAAUAAAAUACAACUAGAGA